GAGGGACAUCGGAAUUCCGGGUACCAUGGUAACCUUACACUGAUUGAAACGAAUUAGCUACGAUUAUGAAUUCGCAUUUUGAACGUGUCAUGUAGCUACACGCAAACGGAGUUCCUGCAGAGGGUUCCUGUCAUAUCAGGGCCAUUUCGGUUCAGGGUCCAAGCCGUUUUGCAGCACGUUAUCACCCCAGAGAUCAGCAUGAGAAGACGAAGCUCCUGCACACCUGAGGCCCCUCUGUCUCCAAGAGAAGGCAACGAGGUUGAGUGUACCACACCAGUUUCACAGCACGUGAAGAGAAUGCAGCCUCUUCUUCAUAACUGUAACAGCAAAUCAGGGAUAUCUUCAGAAAAGUUGGACAAUGUUUCAUUGAUGAAAGAAACAAAUGAAUCAGAGAUGCAUGGAGCAUCCUACAGGCAUUCACCGAGGGCUUUCGACUCUGACUGCUCCCCGAGACGUAGUGGCUCAGGAGACCGAGCACUCGGAGCAGACUACAAAUCUGAGAUGAUAUUCGAUUUGGAGAAUACGGUGGACAGACUGAAAAACGCUCUGGUAUCACUGGAGGAGGACAACCUCAGCCUCAACAAGAAGAUAAGAGAAAACAUGGCAGAAGACCGCCCAUUUUCGACCAAUCACAAUGUCUCAACAAGUGGCAACAAUUCACAGAAAAUGCCUGGUGGUCACACUCACAGUCCCACCUCCAAACUCAUUACACACCCUGUCACUUUCAACAUGGCCAAAACAUACCCAGAAAGUCAGAGGCAAGAUACACCAUCCAAGAUCGAGGAGACUAGGACUAGAGAGAUGCUCAAAAUGGAGAGCCUGUCCUUGGAAGACAGGUGUGUUUACUUGGAGAAAGAGAAACAGGACUUGCAGAGGAAGCUGCAGAAGACAGAGGACUACUGCAAAGAUUGCGUCCGCGAGCUCAAGAGGAUCCUCCCAAAGUAUGAGGACCUCAAAGCCUCGAAUAAAACCCUGGAUAAGCUCAACAAGCAACAGGCUGCAGAGAACCACAGACUCGUCGACGCGCUUGAGGCCGGGAGCCAGGCAGGGGAGAGAUCCAGGGAUCACCACCUGGCUCAGGAGCCUAAAGAAGGUGGUAGUGACAACAAGGUGCGGGUUCAACUAGAGAGGGCCAACAAUCUCUGCACCCAGCUUACCCAGGAGAAGGGGCAGCUGGAGGACCGGAUGGCCUCGCUGGCAAGGGAGGUCAGCCACCUCACGAAUGAGCUGGAUAUGAGCUGGCCCGAGCUCCAUCGGCUGGGGGCCAGGAGGAGAAGCUCCCUUGAGGGGAGCACAACUAGGGACGGCAGCACUCCGGCCUCGUCGGCCAACAAACACCCGGCCGAACGCAUCCUGGACAGCGUAGGGAAAGAGCGCAAGGCCACGUCGGGCGCCAUGGCCCAUCUCAAAGAGGAGAACAAGACACUACGAGAGAACCUCAAACAGAGCGUCAAGAGGGGCGAGGAGGCAGAGAGCGGAGCCAAGCAGCUGAGGGAAGAGCAGGCCAUAUUGGAAAGCUGCCUGCUCACGGUGCAGAAGGAGAAAGACCUGCUUCAGCUGGAGGUGCGGCAGCUCCACCAGGAGUACAUCGAGCUCAGCAGUAGCAUCUCGCUGCAGCUGAGAGAGAGGAGCCCCGUCGCCAGUACCAGGAUAUUAGCAGGGUCACAUGUGGUGACUGAUGGUAGUGAUAGUGGAGCCAGGCAGCAAGAGAGUCCAAGGCAGCCUCUGAACAGCAGCCCUAUUACCAGAGAAAUGCUGGAUGGCCCUGUAGGCAGAGAGGCAAUUGUUCAUAUAAGGAAGCGUUUCGAGGAGGAGGAGCAGAGAGCCCAGAGGUACAAAAACAUCAUCAAUCAGAAUGAAUGAGGCUGAAGCUGGAUUAGUGGGCCAGGCAGACUGGAUGUUGACCUCUACCUCCCAUACCACGAGGGGUCAGGAGAGGUGAAGCAUACUGUAGCCUACCGUAGAGCUCUUUGCAUCACUUUACCAAAAAUAUGCCCUUCACAAGGUCAUGUACCGUAUGCACUGUACAGAUUUUAAUUCUCUGAUUAUAUUAUGCUUUUCAAAAUAUUUUGUCAGUGUUAUUUAUCAUUUAUAUUAGUUUUUAGAUAAAUGGCAUGUCAAGGCAAUUUGUGGCUAGGGCCGGGACAAUACAAGUAUUACGAUACUCGUUAGUAAUGUAAACACAAAGCGGAUUUAACUUCUUUAGGAAAACAGCC